CGGGUACUCUAGUCCUGUCAUCAUUGUCUUAACGUACUUCUUUUUUGUUUACAGUUUAGCCUUAUAUAUUCUUAACUCUUUCUCCUCUAAGAGCAGAAUUAAAACUUCAAUAUUACAGGAUUACAUAUUUUUUUUAAAUUUACAAUUUCAUCAUCGUGCAACCUCAGUCAUGUGGCGUCCAAACCCAAACAUAACCCAAAAGCUCUUUAAAAAAAAGCGCGUUGGUCUCGUCUGGUCCUGUCGCCUGCCGUAGUUUAUCAACGCGGAAGCUAAAAUGAAUGGCUAUGUUGCUAACCGGUAUUAGUGCAUUUAUCCCAAAUACACGUCACAAACAUUGACUGUUCGCUACGUUUCCUGACAGACGGGCAUGUUGCGGGGUGACACGCAGCUUGGCGCGUUGUCCCGGUGAUGCGUGGCCGCUGCAGCUGCUGCUGUGUGUCGUCAGCGACUUGUCCCGUUCAGAGAAGUUAAGUCGCUCCGUAAAACCACCAUGAGAAUCCGCUCGUCUGUGUUCGCCUGCUUCAUUUUAAUAUUUGAAGUGCUCGGCGUCGCCCUCUUUCUGAGGGGCUUCUUCCCCGUUCCGGUAAAGUCUUCUUUCUCCUCCAAGAGCAAGCUGUCAGAUUCACCCGCGGAGCCGCUGGCAGGAAGCCAUCCCAACUCCAGCCGCCUGCCCCAGCCUCUGUUCAGGAGGGUCGUCCUCAUGGUGGUGGAUGCCCUCCGAGAGGACUUUGUGUUUGGACCCGCCGAGGGGCCCCGCAUGCCCUACACCCGGCACCUGGUCGAGAAAGGCUCGUCCCACAGCUUCGUGGCCAAGGCAAGACCUCCCACUGUCACCAUGCCCAGGAUCAAGGCUCUGACCACCGGCAGCAUCCCGGGCUUCAUCGACGUGGUAAUGAACCUGAAUUCCCCCGCCCUCCUGGAGGACAACCUCAUCUGGCAGGCCAAGACGGCCGGCAAGCGCAUCGUCUUCUACGGGGACGACACGUGGGUCCGCCUCUUCCCGAAGCACUUCAUGGAGUACGACGGAACGACCUCGUUCUUCGUGUCCGACUACACCGAGGUGGACGACAACGUGACCCGCCACCUGGACAGCACCCUGAAGAGAGACGACUGGGACGUGCUGAUCCUCCACUACCUGGGCCUGGACCACAUCGGCCACGUCAACGGGCCCCACAGUUCGCUCCUCCAACUCAAGCUGCUGGAGAUGGACGACAUCCUGAAGAUGAUCCACGGUUCCCUCGUCUCCAAGGAGGCUGAGGGAUCUUUGCCCUACCUGCUGGUGCUGUGCGGAGACCACGGCAUGACCGAGACCGGCAGCCACGGGGGCUCCUCGGAGCCAGAGGUCAACACGGCCCUGGUGCUCAUCAGUCCAGCCUUCAACAGAAAAGUGGGCAUGGAGAGGCCCGGAGUGGUGGAGCAGGUGGACCUGGCCCCGACGCUGGCCCUGGGCCUCGGGCUGCCCGUGCCCCAGAACAGCGUCGGCCGCAUCAUCCCCAACGUGCUGGAGGAGCGGUCGCUGCGGGACCAGCUGCGCUUCCUGCAUCUCAACGGCCACCAGCUCAGCUGCCUGCUCCGAGACAGCACACCCGACUACCAGAAAGAGGCCGGCUUCGAACAGUUCCGUGUGGCAGAAAAGGCUCAUGGGAGCUGGAUGAAGCUCUACCUGGAAGGAAACACCUCUGAGGUUCUGACCAACAUGGGCAAAAAAGUCCUGAAGCAGUACCUGGAGGCGCUGGCUGCCAUGAGUUCUGCUCUGAGCAAACAGCUGGGCAAAUACGACAUGUACUCCAUGAUCGCAGGAAUGGUGUUUGUGUUCCAGCUCCUGCUGGUCUUACUGCUGGCGAUGCCCGAAGCCCUCAGCAGCGGCGCGGCAGUGGACCUUCCGGUGCUCUCCUCCCUGCUCUCCCUGCCUUUCUGCCUCCUGUGCCUGCUCCUCGCCUCCGUGCACGUGUUGGUGUGCACGUCUGCGGAGAGCGCCUGUUACUUCUGCAGCCUGUCCUGGGGCCUCGUGUUUGCCGCCAUCGCCUUCUCCUCGGCGAUGUUUUGCAUUCUGAUCGCCGUGGCGACACGGAGGCUUCCGUUCGGACCCGCGCUUCCUGGGAAGUCUCCUGUUCAGAGCACCGGCGGAGCGUGGUCGCUGUCAGAGCUGGACGUCCUGCUGCUGGCCGGAACCGUCGGCCACACGCUCAGCCUGGCGGCGAGCAGCUUCGUCGAAGAGGAGCACCAGACCUGGUACUUCCUGCUCAACACGCUCUGCCUCGCCGUCUUCCAGGACGUGUGCAGGAAGUACUUCAGGGAGCAGAGGGGCUCCAGAGACGAAGAGGAGCACCUCCUUCCGUCCAAGGACAGCCACCCCUCCGCUCACCCCAAACAGGAGGUCGUCUCGGAGAAGUGGCUGGCGCUGGCCACGCCCCCCUUCACUCUGCUUUGCUGCCGGCUGCUGCGCUCCCUCAACCAGACAGGAGUUCAGUGGGCCCACCUCCCAGAUGUCAGCCACUGGCUCAACAGCUCCGAACACAAGACGGUCCUGUCUCUGCUGUCCGCGCUCUGCUUGCUCCUCAUCCACUUCCUGGUUCAGAGACGCUGCUCGCUCGUCUCCAAGGUCGCCCUGGCGCUCGGACUCCUGGGCGUCUACAGCUACCGGGCAGCUGUUGGCAAUGUCCUGUUUCCCUGGCAACGCUCCGGCCGAGCCGCGUCCAAGGGAACGGUGGAAGCGCGCUUCGUCUACGUCUUCGUCCUGGGCAUCCUCUUCUCGGGCACCAAGGACCUGCUGAGAUCCCAGAUCGUCACGGCAGAUGCGAAGCUGAAGAGCAGGGGGUUGUGGGAGAUUUACAGCGGCCUGGUGCUGCUGGUUUCGCUCUUGUUUCGGGCCCAUAACCUGCCGGUGCUGUGCUGCGGACUCCUCAUCCAGACGCUCAUGGCUCAGUUCAUCUGGAAGAAGCUCCACUACGACGCGGCCCAGACCACCAUCAUGCACUACUGGUUUGGCCAAGCCUUCUUUUACUUUCAGGGCAACUCCAACAACAUUGGCACCAUCGACAUUUCUGUGGGCUUUGUUGGUCUGGAAAGCUACAUCGAAGCGCCUGCCAUCUUUUUAACAGCUCUCAGCACUUACGCGGGUCCCCUGCUCUGGGCCUGUCACCUCGUCUGCUACCUGAGCUCGGAGAGAGAAAGGAGCCCGGUCGCCGUGGGCCACGGCUGCUACUGCUUGGCCCUGCUGAGGUCGGUGCCGGCCGCCGCCUACGUGGUCCUGGUGACGGUCCUGCGCUACCACCUCUUCAUCUGGAGCGUUUUCUCGCCCAAGCUGCUGUACGAGUCCAUGCACCUGCUGCUGACCGCGGGAGUGUGUCUCGUCUUCAUCGCCAUGGAGCAAAGUCCCGGCUCCAGUAAGUCCUAGUGGGAGGCGGGGCGACGCCGGACGCAGACCCCUCGCUCGGACCGCCGCGGUACAAUCGACUGCCGCUUCUCAUCUGAAUAGAUGUUCUGUCAGUAAUACGUUUAAAUAAGUUUCUGUUUCUAAAAGAUGGGGGGGAAAUGGUUGAGGAUGAAUAAAAAUGUGAUGUAACUUGUGGAAAGAGGCCGUAUCUCUUCCCUCAGAGAUAUGCCGGACUUGGAGGUGCAGAAUAAAACUUUGAUGUUGCUGCGUGUGUUUACCGGGGCACUUCUUGACCACAGUUGAGAGUAACAGGAUCGAUCCCCACAGUUCCAGUCGGGAUUCGGGGUCCCGCUGCGUCUUCACUCCCCAACCCAAACCCUAAUACUGACACUGGAUCAUUAAUCUAGCCAGAUGUCCUACUGUGACGGACCGAAAGGGGUCCACGGUGGACUCCUCUGGCCGUCUCGGGCCUAAAGGUGCCGAGGCGAACGAGAUGUCAGACGGCUUCAGCCUGCGUCCGCCUACAUGGAGCUCUAAAAACGGUUCUAAUCAGGCAGCGUUAAUGAAAAUAGCUGCGUGGGAGGAACACAGGAGCUCAGAGUGGGAGUUUUAAAGACACUGCAGUCAUUUCUCUGUUGAAGUUUUUCUAACGUGUCACGGAUAAUUGACCAAACUCCAGUUUUCUUCUUUUAUUAUUAUUAUUAUUAGUAGUAGUAUUGCAUAAGUUUAGUUUUUUCAGCGGUAAUUGUUUAUGCUCUCUUGGAAGGCAAACAGCUGUCAGAUUUACACUUCUUCCCAAAAGUAUUUAGUCCAAAUUUUGUGACGUUAGAACCACAAACAUCAGUGUGUUCUAUUGGGACUGUUUACUUGUAUUAGGACAAAAGGAGAAACGUCACACUGCCAUGACAUGCGGUGAUGUUGAUUAAUGUGUACUGUCCUAAUCAAGUUAAAUUAAUGGCACAUUUUUAUGCAGCAGACUAACGAGUCUUUCAAUAUUUCCUUCAGAUACAAAAAGGUGUGGAAUGCAUUUACCAAAAUGAUAUAUGAUACAUGUUGUACUUAGUAGCAAUACUUGCGUUGUUCUGUCUCAUGAAAUCCUCAAAGUUUGAAGCUUUAACGUGACAAAAUGGAAAAAACUUUUGAAUGGCAUGAAUACUUUUGCAAGGAUUCUCAGUGACUGUCAACGUCCAAAGGGGGAAAAAGGGCCGUUUUCUGAUUUAUUUUUACAUUUAUUCUUUCGUAUUCAUUUUUCUUUGUUUGUUUGCAAAUUCAACCUGAGUUCUGACUCAGAAUCUGAACCUUUUCACCGUCCAAUCUUUGUGUCCUGUCCUGCUUACAAACCAAAGCCGAAGCGGCCAAGGAGGCGGCUCCGUUUCCAGAGCAACAAGAGCAGCGGCGAGACGGUGAUGCUCACCUUCAUUGCAAGUUGCUCACAGCGCCGCCCGAGCGACCCGGCCUCUCCCCGUCCUGGAACUGCGUGUCAUUUGAGUAAUGAGAGCAGCUGCCGAGCCGAGGAGCAACACAGAAACUGAAAGUAUCUGAACUGUUAUUUCUGUUGGCGUCGGUGAUGUGAAGGAACAUGUGCGACUCCUUCAGAGCUGCGCAGUGAUUACAACCUGCCAGCUCAGACAUCUUCCCCACCUUUUGAGGUCUGAACAAAAAUAAAUAAAUAAAGGAGAAGUAAAGGACAGAGCUGAAAGAUGCAACAGUUUCGCAGCGUUUCACCUCCAGGCAGAGAAGCCGAUUGUUCCCCGACUCCCAGUGAAUCCGGGCCGCCACAGGCGUGGAGUGGGGACAUUCGGCGGUUCCCGCCAUGUCCAGAUGAAGCUUGGGCCUUUUGUUGUCGCCGUGGCUCUCCUUGACUGGGGCCGACAGGCGGAAUGCAGAUGUCCCUGAACUCCGGCAGGAUUCCCGCCGAAGUUCAGAGAGUCUGCGGCGGGAAGACGCCCUGCAUAUGGAUCGCUGCGUUUCGGGUUCUCUCCGUCAGAGGGAAAGGCACGUUCAGCUUGUGAGAGAGUCCCGGAGCUGAGAGUUAAUUUGACCUUUUUAUAAACCAGACAGAAUGCUACUGUCAAGUGCCUUUUCCGCUCUUUGGCUCAACGGAGGAAUCUCGGCCAGACUUCAAACAAAGUCUGCCAUAAAUAGUUUAUGAGCCAGAUAAUAAUCUACAUGACUCUGAGGAUUAGUCUGUCAGUGCUCGGUAUGCUCCACAUCUCUGUCCGACAAGCUCUGCAUUGUCUUUACAAGCUGAGCUGCUAAUCCACACACUUGCUACGGAUUUUAACCUGAAUGUGAUGUUCAAGGAUGACACCAGUCACACCAGCAACUGUCAUGGUAAACCAUUAGCUAGGAGACUAAAGCAAUAGAAAACCCAACAGUCGUCAUGAACAAAUGGUGUCGAACAGUAAAUGUUGUUCAUCCUGGUUAUAGAGCAUCUGAAUAAAAUGGGCUGUUCCUAGAGAACAAACUGAUUAAAAACUUACCUGGAGACAGAAAAGUAUAUAAAGAAAUGCAGAAAACAAUCGACCGCUUACCUAAAAUCAUCUCAGAUGCUUGAAAAAUCCAACCAAAACCAGAAAGACGUGGAAGAAAAUAAUGAACUACCAUCCUGGUAGGUUGAAGGGUGUCUGAUCAGUCAAUGAUCAAAGAACAUUUACGUUACCUGUGAAGCAAUAAAGAUGUCUCUGUGAACCAAAGGUAUCAGCAAGUAGCCCCAACAGAACCCCAUUGCUCAGAACCAAUGGGGCAAACAAAGACGUCAUGUUUGCCCUGAAGACAAAAAUGGCGCAUAUGUUUUGUCAGACAACCAUCUAAUGCUAAAUUUAAAGUGGCAGUACACUGGGAAAACGGGUUGCCGAGGCGUUGUGGUGUUGGUAUCCCAGUCAGGCAAUGGUCAACGAAAGCCAUUGAGAGCAAACGUGAUCAAUUUUCCUUCACUCUCGGUGUUUAUAAUCCAUUUGUGAACUUGCAGAGAGCUUGUGUGUGAAAGCUAAAGCUACAGCACGUAGUUAGUGUUACUUAAGUGUUAUUUAAAACACAGCUGCAUAUGUUUUCUGGGGUUGAGAUUGAUGUACUGCUGCAAGGGAGAAAAAUGAUUGUUGUUUCAGACUUCUCAGAGGGUUUCUCUGCCGCUGAAGAUGAAUUAUGCUGGAUGGAGUAACAUUCAUCUGCAUCUCAUUAGUGCCCUUUGCACUAAAUGAAAAAGCCUCGGCUUCGUUUAAUGGAGCUGAGAAACCUCCGGUUCCUGUUCUUGGGGAUGGAGUUUGUGCUGUAGUGGCGUCUAUUUCAGUGGAUUCUGUCUGAAACUGACUUUUCCGAUCGACCCGUUCGUAUUUAUUUUCCAGAGAGCCACAAUGGCUGCAAAGUGAGGCUCGCCGAUACGCUGACGGAAAUCCUCAACCCGAUGUUUUACAGGCGCCUCUCUUCCCUCCCGUCCCCACGCGGAUCGUCUGUAAGCCCCCGUCUGUCCGCGGCGGUGUGGGAAGCCUCGGAUCAGACGGUGCUGACACUCUGCGUGCGAAAUCGCUCCUGCGUAUCUAAAAUACCCAGCAGCCCGUGAAAUGGAUCGGAAUAAUUGUUUCGUUCACACGGCUGAAAGCUCUCACGCGUCGAUCGUCUCGCCUCGUGCUUCGCCCUCUCCAGAUUCCCUCCUCAGAGGAAGAAGCGUUUAUUUUCGUGUUGUUUAGCUGAGUUUCAUGCAAGGCCUCCCAGGUGACGGAAGGUGUCGACUGUACAACAACAAGCCCUCUUCUUCAAUGAGCAGACAAAAUCCUUCUUGCUUGAUUUCUUUUUUUGUCUUUCGUUUUAAUAAAAACUGUGCUACUCGUUCUGUUUGUGUGUUGAUUUGUUUCUGUUGGUUUUACGUGUUCAUCUCAAUAAAGCCGAUCUUUUUACCUCCCUCCA